UAUAUAUUUGCCGCGUCCGUAGCGCCGCCAUUCGCCGCGCGUAUCCACCGCGCAUGCGCACGUCUCGCGAGUGAAAAAGUGACAGUUACCCCCCCUAAAUAUGGCGGCUAAAAUAUACGUAUUAUGCUUGGCGCUAGCAGCAGGACUGGUGAGUGGGGCCCGGCCGCGCGCCAGGAUACAGCAGCCUGUGGAGGAUGCCUACGAAGAGUACGAACCCCAAACACAGGGCAGGGCUUCUAGCGACCAGGUGGUAUUAGUUCCGGCCGACGCGUAUGAUUCACUGUACCGCGCCAACGACCGCCUGGACGAGGAGUAUGAGCCUCGCGCGGUACAACGCGCACCCUCCAGGCUGAAGCAGCAACCCGCCCACGAGAGCAACAAGCAGCCGCCCGUGCAGACCAUCAGGAAUUAUAAUAAGGUAAACGACGAUGGCAGUUUUACCUUCGGAUACGAAGCGGCUGAUGGAUCCUUCAAGGAAGAAACUAGAGGAACCGACUGUGUCGUUCGUGGAAAAUACGGUUAUAUUGACCCCGAUGGUAAUAAACGAGAGUUCACAUACGUAUCCGGAAACCCCUGUGAUCCUAACAAACCAAAUGAAGAUGAAGAGCAGGAGCCUGCAGCUCCUGACUCCGCAGAGAGAGACGAUGGCGAACCUAACUACCCAACCAGACCGGCCAUUCGGCCAACGACAGCCCGACCGACCACGACCUACUUCCAAAACGACUUCAGAGAUGCCGACGAAGAUGAAGCCGAAGAAGAGCCUCUACAGCAUAUCAGGCAAAGAGUUGUACAGCGCCCGCAAAGCAGGAGACCUACUUACCAGGCACAACCUAUUGCAAUCACCCCGCGGCCUCUGCCAGCGACCACCGCUAGAGCUCUCCCUCCAGCGACGACCUUCAGGCCACAGCUUGUUCAAGUGACUCCCAAACCCCAGAUUCAGUACAGUCCCGCACCAAGUUUCUCGCCCUCGCCUGCACCUGCUUUCACGACAGCCCGACCUGGACAAAUUGACUUUGCAGCUGAAUUCGCUAAGUUCCACCGUGAAAACCAAAUACAAUCUACGACUACAACAAGCGCAGCCGAUCCUACGAAGGCCACUCUAUCUACUGUAGCGGCUCCAGCUCCAAGUAGCAACCCUCUGUACUCAACCGAACUUGUAUAUGAUCCAGCAAGCGGCCAAUACAACACUCAGCUCUUCCAGACUCUGCCUCAGACUAAAGGAGAAUUGAACUUAAACCAGAGAUUGCAACCUUUCGUCGCUCAGCAGCAACAGCCAUCUCCACGGCCUUUCAUUCCGUCUCCUCAAAUCUCCGUGCCGCAGCCUGCCCAAUCUCCAAAUUUACCUCUGUUCAGACACCAAAUUCAGCAUGCGAAUCCGCAAGAAGUAUAUCAAAGACAACAAGCCGAAACUCAGUUCCAGAACUCGCAGCAGUUGUUCGCUCAACAGCAACAAUUGCAGCAGAGUCAAUUGCAGCGAGAUCGGGCUGCGGCGAGAGCGCAGGCUCAAAGGCUAGCGUUGGCCCAGCAGGCGCAGGCACCGCAGAGACCGGCUCAGUCACCCCAGCCCCAGUUUUACUACGUGGCACCGCGCGGAGAGUCCGCGGCUACGGGCCAGAUCGACGCCUUCUUGAGAGGGCACGGCAUUCAGUUCUAGUUAGUGUAGCGGAAUAAUUUGAACUAGAUAAUUGUCUAUCGACCGAUCAUUCAAACUCCAGUCCGGAAUGGCCAUAUUGUACAAGUCUAAGCGAGAUUGGUCGAAUUUGAGUGCGUCAGUGUCAGUGUGUUCAUAUAUGGUGUUUCAAAAUUUACUGAGAAUAAUUAUUAAGAAAAUAGUGCUUAAUUAAAUUAAAUGCAUACAAUGUUUGUUAUGUAAAAAAAAAUUUGUAAAAGCCGCUUAUCUUGCAAGGUAAAGUGCUUAUACUGAAUCAAAGAAUUUUAAAGACGAUUGAUUUUUAUUCAGUCUUUUUUUUUCCACAUUUUGUCAAAUACCAAUUUUUAAAUUCGAAAUCAAUUUAAAAUCAUCUUUAUUGAAAUAAUUUUGAUUACACUUUUAAAUUUUUAAUAUCACUUAUUACAUUUUGCCCUUGUAUUUUUCUUAGUAUCUUCAUUGGUUAUUUUUUAAGAAUUCGAAAAGUUCUUGGAAGUGUUUUAUUUUUCCACAUCCAGUUUUAAGAAAGAAAUAUUUUGAAAUCCCCCUCGAAGCCUAAUCAAUAGCCUAAUUGGAGUAUUUAUUUAUAAAUUUUACAACACGUUUUUCAGUAAAAUAUUUAAUAAAUAUAUAUUUUUUCUACUACUCGGUAAGCGCAUGCAUCUUUGCUGUGCAGAAAAUAUCAUUCUACUGAUUUUAAAUAAACCAAGUUUUCACUAAUGAAUUUUGAAACACCGUAAAUAAUAUCUAGUUCGUGGGACAGUGGGGCCCAUAUGUGGUCCCGAUGUGUACAUAUUUUAUGCUGUGUCUAAUCAGUACUUAGUGUAACGUUAAUAAACAUAGUCGUAAGUAUAAAAUGUAUUGAUAAAUAAAAUGUCUGUGCGUGACAGUCCACGAUGCGCGCCUGUGAUGCGUAAUGUAAAACAAAUAGGAAUUUGUAAUAUGUUUGUUUUAAUAAUAAAUUAUAUUUUUUUUAUAUUAA